AUGGAAGAGGAGGUAAGAAGCUCAUCUGAAAGCAGCAGUUGGGGAUGCUAUGGAGACCUCCAGACCCUCUACACCCCUGGGGCGUCUUGCGGGAUUGGAAGGCGUCGAGGCCUGAAAUACUGUGUUCGUGCUUCUGAAAGGCUGACUGAAACAGACAUGCCAUACCUCCUGUGAUAUCAACCCAUCAUGUGUACAGUUGGCUUAAAGUACUGCAUGGACCCUGCCAUGAUCGCUGGUGUCUUGUCCAGGAGUCUCGUGGUGGCAACGUCCUGGUCGAUGUGGACAGUAUGGGCUGUCAGCAACCAAACCCUCUUCUGGAUUUCCAGACCCUGGCCUUCAUGCCCCACCUCCUGGAUCAGCAAGGCCCAGGUUUCCCAGAUGACUGAGGUCCUGACUGUUAGAAUCAAAGAAAUCCAGAGGAGGUUUCCAACCUGGACCCCUGACCAGCAUCUGAGAGCUUUGUGUAACCCAUGGGUUGGUUUCCCAGCAUGGAAUUCUCCCAAACCUCAGUUGCCUCCUAAAAACAGCCAGGACCUGAGCUGUGACUUCUGCAAUGAUGUCCUUGCACGAGCCAAAUACUUCAAAAGACAGGGCUUCUGA